GGUUCCAGUCAACGGGCAGGACUGGAGGGACCCGGAAGAGGCGCCGUGCACUUCCGGGUCGAAGAGCGUACGGCGGCGGCGGCGGCGGCGGCGGCGGCGGCGGCCGGGCCUAGCAGCGACUCUCGGUCGGGCAGCGGCGGCGAGCGCUCAGGAGCGGCUGCGGGACGCGAGGUUUCCGGAGCUGAGCUCAAUGUGCAGCAAUGGAUGACGACAGCCUGGAUGAGCCUGUGGCCCGGAGCCCAGGGCCGGAUGGAUGCCCACAGGUCGGCCCUGCGGACCCGGCAGGUGACUUUGAAGAAAGCAGCGAGGGCAGCAGUGGGGACUCUGGGGACGACAGCGACAGCGAGCAUGGAGACGGCACAGACGGAGAAGACGAGGGGGCGUCUGAGGAGGAAGACCUGGAAGACAGAUCUGGUUCCGAGGAUUCUGAAGACGACAGGGAGACAUUGCUGGCGGUGGCAGGUACUCAGGGGAAACUGAAAGCUGCCGGCUCUUUUAAUUCUGAUGAUGAUGCAGAGAGCUGCCCAAUCUGUCUCAACACAUUCAGAGACCAGGCCGUGGGGACGCCGGAGAACUGUGCCCAUUACUUCUGCCUGGACUGCAUUGUCGAAUGGUCCAAGAAUGCCAAUUCCUGUCCAGUUGAUCGAACUCUAUUUAAGUGCAUUUGUAUUCGAGCUCAAUUUGGUGGUAAAAUCUUAAGAAAGAUCCCAGUGGAGAACACCAAAGCGAGUGAGGAAGAGGAGGAGGACCCGACCUUCUGUGAGGUGUGCGGCAGGAGCGACCGCGAGGACAGGCUUUUGCUCUGCGAUGGCUGCGAUGCGGGGUACCACAUGGAAUGCUUGGACCCCCCUCUCCAGGAGGUGCCGGUGAACGAGUGGUUCUGCCCGGAAUGCGCUGCCCCCGGCAUUGUCCUUGCCGCUGAUGCGGGUCCCGUGAGUGAGGAGGAGGUCUCCCUGCUCUUGGCCGACGUGGUGCCCACCACUAGCAGGCUUCGGCCUCGAGCAGGUAGGACCCGGGCGAUAGCCAGGACACGGCAGAGUGAGAGAGUGAGAGCAACCGUGAACCGGAAUCGGAUCUCCACGGCCAGGAGGGUCCAGCACACACCAGGGCACCUUGGGUCUUCCCUGCUCGACGAAGCCAUCGAGGCCGUGGCGACUGGCCUGAGCACCGCCGUGUAUCAGCGCCCCCUGACGCCACGCACUCCCACCCGACGGAAGAGGAAGACAAGAAGACGGAAGAAAGUGCCGGGAAGAAAGAAAACCCCGUCCGGACCAUCCGCAAAAAGUAAGGGCUCAGCGACAAGAUCUAGGAAACGCCAACAUCGAGUGAAGAAGAGAAGAGGGAAGAAGGUAAAGAGUGAAGCCACCACUCGCUCUCGAAUCGCGCGGACGCUGGGCCUGCGCAGGCCUGUUCACAGCAGCUGCAUCCCGUCAGUGUUGAAGCCAGUGGAGCCCUCUUUGGGGCUGCUGAGAGCGGAUAUUGGAGCUGCCUCUCUGUCUCUGUUUGGAGAUCCCUAUGAGCUGGACCCCUUUGACAGCAGUGAAGAGCUUUCUUCAAACCCUCUUUCCCCUCUGAGUGCCAAGAGACGGGCUCUGUCCCGGUCAGCCCUGCAGUCCCACCAGCCCGUGGCCAGGCCCGUCUCCAUGGGGCUUUCCAGGAGUCGCCCCCCUGCUGCGGUGCCAGAGCCAGACUUGGAGGAGGAGCCAGUGCCUGACCUGCUGGGCAGCAUCCUGUCGGGCCAGAGCCUCCUGAUGCUGGGCAGCAGUGAUGUCAUCAUCCACCGCGACGGCUCCCUCAGUGCCAAGAGGGCGGCUCCAGUUUCUUUUCAGCGAAACUCAGGCAGUGUGUCCAGAGGGGAAAAAGGAUCCAAGGACUGCCUGCAGCCCCGAGCACUGCCCUCUGGGAGCCCGGCCCAAGGCCCCUCAGGAAACAGGCCACAGAGCACAGGGCUAAGCUGUCAGGGCAGCUCCUGCAUCCCCACCCGCACCUCGGGGGCACCUGUGAGGCUGGACUUGUCAGCAACCCCUGGGUCGGUUCAGGCUCGGAACUUGUCAAAUGGGAGCGUGCCUGGCUUCAGACACAGUCACAGCCCCCGGUUCAACGGCACCAACAAGCACACUUUGCCCCUGGCUUCUGCCACGUCUAAGAUCUCGAGCAGAGAUUCUAAGCCCCCAUGUCGCAGUGUGGUGCCGGGGCCUCCCCUGAAACCAGCGCCCAGAAGAAUGGACAUCUCUGAGCUACCCAGGAUACCAAAGAUCAGGAGAGAUGACGGUGGUGGCAGACGGGACAUGGCCCCGGCCCAUGGGCAGAGCACUGAGAUCCCCAGCGCCUGCAUCAGCCGACUGACCGGCAGGGAGGGCGCCGGGCAGCCAGGGCGAGGCACGCGGGCAGAGAGCGAGGCCAGCAGCAGGGUGCCCCAGGAGCCCGGCGUGCACACGGGCAGCUCCCGGCCCCCAGCCCCCAGCUCCCAUGGCAGUAUGGCCCCACUGGGACCAUCAAGAGGGAAAGGGGUUGGGUCGACCUUUGAGAGCUUCCGGAUCAAUAUUCCUGGAAACAUGGCACAUUCCAGCCAGCUCUCCAGCCCUGGCUUCUGUAACACGUUCCGGCCUGUGGACAAUAAGGAGCAGAGGAAGGAGAACCCCUCACCCCUCUUCUCCAUCAAGAAGACGAAGCAGCUCCGGAGCGAGGUCUACGACCCCUCCGACCCCACCGGCUCUGACUCCAGCGCCCCUAGCAGCAGCCCCGAGAGGUCUGGCCCUGGCCUCCUGCCCUCUGAGAUCACACGAACCAUCUCCAUCAACAGCCCGAAGGCCCAGACGGUGCAGGCUGUGCGCUGCGUCACCUCCUACACGGUGGAGAGCAUCUUUGGUACAGAGCCCGAUCCCCCUCUUGGACCAUCCUCCACUGUGUCCAAGCUCCGGGGUGCAGUGGCUGCCGAGGGGGCCUCUGACACGGAGCGAGAGGAGCCCACGGAGAGCCAGGGCCUGGCUGCCCGGGUGCAGAGGCCAUCCCCACCGGAGCCCUGGGACGAGGAGGAUGGGGCGUCUUGCAGCACCUUCUUUGGCUCUGAGGAGCGGACGGUGACCUGUGUGACUGUCAUGGAGCCAGAAGCCCCACCCAGCCCGGACAUGCCGCAGGCUGCCACCCACAGAGUCGUGGAGCUCAGGCCCCCUUCCCGGUCCCGCUCCACAUCCAGCUCCCGCAGCAGGAAGAAGGCCAAGAGGAAGAGGGUGUCCAGGGAGCACGGACGGACGCGCUCUGGGACACGCUCUGAAUCCAGGGACAGGAGCUCGAGGUCAGCGUCACCAUCAGUGGGUGAGGAGCGCCCCAGGAGGCAGCGGUCCAAGGCCAAGAGCCGGCGGUCCUCCAGCGACCGCUCCAGCAGCCGAGAGCGAGCUAAGAGGAAGAAAGCCAAGGACAAGAGCAGGGAGCACAGGCGGGGCCCCUGGGGCCACAGCCGGAGGACGUCCCGGUCACGCUCGGGGAGCCCUGGCAGCUCUUCCUACGAGCACUAUGAGAGCAGGAAGAAGAAGAAGAGAUCAGCGUCCAGACCUCGCGGAAGGGAGUGCUCCCCCACCAGCAGCCUGGAGAGACUCCGCAGGCACAAGCACCAGCGGGAACACAGCCACGAGCGGCCAGACAGGAAGGAGAGUGCGGUGUGGCUGCGAGACCGGAGGAAGCGGAGGUCCCGGUCCCCAAGCCCGGAGCACAGGCCACGGGGACACAGGCGGCCACGGUCCCGUGAGAAGCGGCCGCCGACCCGGUCCCAUUCCCCAGAGAGGAAGGGGGCUGUGAGGGAGGCUUCCCCAGCACCCCUUGCACAGGGGGAGCCAGGGCAGGAAGACCUCCCCCGCAGGUUGCCAGCCUUGGAGGAGGCACGUGUCUCGCCGGAGGUGGCUACGGCCGACAAGGCCCCCCUGCAGGCUGCCCCUGUCCUGGAGGUGGCAGCUGAGUGUGAGCCUGACGACCUGGACCUGGAUUAUGGCGACUCCGUGGAGGCGGGACACGUCUUUGACGAUUUCUCCAGCGACGCCGUUUUCAUCCAGCUCGAUGACAUGAGCUCGCCACCUUCUCCUGAAAGCACAGACUCUUCUCCGGAGCGAGACGUCCCACCAAAGCCUGCGUUGCCCCCAGCCAGCCUGGCCGUGGCCGCCAUCCAGAGGGAGGUGUCGCUGAUGCACGAUGAAGACCCUUCACAGCCCCCACCUCUGCCGGAGGGCCCCCAGGAGCCACAUCUGCUCAGGCCAGACGCGGCUGAGAAGGCUGAGGCACCCAGUUCCCCGGAUGUGGCGCCUGUGGGGAAGGAAGACAGCCCCUCCAUGAGUGGGAGGGUAGAGGAGGCAGCCCGGGCUGAGGAGGUGGUUUCGCAGACCCCCCUGCUGCGGUCCAGAGCCCUGGUGAAGCGGGUCACCUGGAACCUGCAGGAGUCGGAGAGCAGCGCCCCCGCCGAGGACAGAGCCCCCCGGGCACCACUUCACAGGCCACAGAAGCCCCGAGAAGGAGCCUGGGACAUGGAGGACGUGGCCCCUACAGGGGUCAGGCAGGCGUUCUCCGAGCUGCCCCUUCCCAGUCAUGUGCUUCCGGAACCUGGGUUCCCAGACACAGACCCCUCUCAGGUUUACAGCCCCAGCCUGCCGCCUGCCCCAGCCCAGCCCUCAAGCAUCCCACCCUGCGCACUGGUCAGCCAGCCCACGGUCCAGUUCAUCCUGCAGGGGAGCCUGCCGCUAGUGGGCUGUGGGGCAGCGCAGACCCUGGCCCCAGUGCCCACUGCCCUGACCCCAGCCUCAGAGCCAGCCAGUCAAGCCACUGCAGCCAGCAACUCGGAGGAGAAGACCCCGGCCCCCAGGCUAGCUGCAGAGAAAACCAAGAAGGAGGAGUACAUGAAGAAGCUGCACAUGCAGGAGCGUGCUGUGGAGGAGGUGAAGCUGGCCAUCAAGCCCUUCUACCAGAAGAGGGAGGUGACCAAGGAGGAGUACAAGGACAUUCUGCGCAAGGCCGUGCAGAAGAUCUGCCACAGCAAGAGUGGAGAGAUCAACCCCGUGAAGGUGGCCAACCUGGUGAAGGCGUACGUGGACAAGUACAGGCACAUGCGCAGGCACAAGAAACCAGAGGCCGGAGAGGAGCCGCCCACGCAGGGGGCCGAGGGCUGAGGCCGGGCAAUCACGGGCCAUGCCCAGGGAGCUGUCGGGAGUGGCGGGAAACGGGGCCAUGCCCGGGGAGCUGUCGGGAGUGGCGGGGAAUGGGGGGCAUCAGCAUGCCUGCCGUCAGGUUCUUGCGCUGACACCUGGUCUGUGCGCCUGUCUUGCUCACAGUUGAAAACUGGACACUUUUGUAUGUAUAUUAUAGAUACACUGUUUCCAUUCUAAUUUAUCAAAAAUGGAUUAUCUUUAGAAACCUCUUGAUUGACUUACUACUUGGAAGAUAAAGCACUUGGUGAUCAGGACGGGGCUCCUGGUGGGGUGGCACGUCCUUGAUAAAUCUCUAGGCGGCCUCCCGCCAACAGCUGCUGUGUACCUCUGGCUCUGAAUUAGGAAUAUCUUUACUUUCUCUUUUCCAA